UUGGAAACUACAGGCCACGCCCUCACAGUUUAUUUAAUUAAUGAGGUGAAUGGAGGUGCAGCCAUUCAACAUAGUUUACAUAAUUGGCAUACCAACACCUGGGAGUAGGCAUAUCCAACAGUCAUUCCUACUAUAGAUCUAUAGAAAGAGAGAUUGUAGAGUUAAGAGGCAGAGACUAAGCUCAUUCUACUCAUUCCUAUUCCUCUGGCGGGCCAAUCUCACUGGCUCUCAUCCUUUUCCCUCUCUCUUGAGUCUUCUUUCAUACUGGAGUGGAGUCAUCACUAUCUAAAAGUGGGAGGAAGAAGAAGACAGUAUUAACUGCGAGCGUGUGAGUGAGUGAGAGAAGCAGAGCUCAUACCCACUGGCUUUUCCAAGAGGCAGUCCCAACCCUCUCUCUUUCUUUCUCUCCAUGCCAUGCCCUCUUUCAACCGCUCUCGUCGCAAGAAGAAACCAGACGAUAGUCAGACUGACGUUGCUGAAAUGGCCACCUGUGGCCGCUACAGGAAAGUGGACUCUGAUGCUGCUACCUCAAGAUCUUUUGUACGGAGCAUCACGACACAGCGAAAGUCAGAUCAAGCCAAGAACAUUCGCUCUCAGUCCGUUCCAUCGCUAAACUCGACAUCCGAUGUCCUCCUUCCACCAGCCCAACCUGCCCCGCCUCCUUCUCACUCCCACCAUCACCAUUCUCACCACAGGCACCAUCAUCACCAGCAGCACCACCAUCACCAUGCACCUCAACAGCAACCACCCCCACAAGUCUCACCGACCCGCCAGCCCAGAUCAAACAGCGUAAGAAUGUCAAGCUCUAUCAAAAAGUUCUCGAUUAGACGUAGGAUCGCUCGAAUGUUUGGAUCUCAUUCGGAUCUCAGUGGACGAGGUAUCAUGACCAUACCUGAUCAAGAGUCGCUCUCUGCCGGUAUAUAUAGGCCGAUAGGUGGGUCUAGGACCAGAUCUAUUGGUGGCUCUUCGGACUGCUCCAGCUCUAGUUUAGCUUCAGUUCCUCCUCAACAAAAUUCCGAGUUUAGUCGGCAGAACUCGCUAAGAGAGUCUUCUCACAGUCGAGUGAGUCAGAGUAGUGUAUUUUCUAGUCGUCAGCCAUCUUGUGAUUCGGCUGAUGCCCUCAAUUUUAGUGUCCACGGCCCAUUAGUACCUACAGAAUCUGGUCUCAGGCCUCGAUCGAUUGCUUGCAUACAGCGCUCUGGGUCUUCAAGCUCCCUCAGGAACAGUUCUUCUCAUCACAACGACCCGAGGUAUUACUCCCUGGCUGCUCCUUCCUCUACUGGUAAUAGAAUUGAAGGACACGAGUCCUUUGUACACUCGAUGGACGAGAGGAUGCUUCACAGUGCCGUCAGAGGCACGCCUUAUCAAAGAUACCACCACCGACCCACGACUCAAGAAGAGCCUGAACACGAGGACCUCUCUUCUACGAGAAAGAUAAAACCAAGUGACCCUGAGUAUCGCAAAGUAGCGGAGAAUCUUAUGAGCUGUUCUCCCCAGCCUCCUCCAGAUGAUGGGCCCUCGAGACUGCUAGUGGAGCAGGAAGUACAGACUCGUAAAGGAUCCUUUGAUAGCGAGGAGCAACAGAAGAGAAGAGGAAUGGGACACAUCAAGCAGUCUGUUCUUGCUUCUUUUAGACUUAAUAAGGACAAUAGAAGACCAAUGACACCAGAUGCUUCAUUGAGUCAAUUACCUCCAGAAUGGGAAGUAUCCCUAACUGCCAAUGGCCUUAAGUACUACAUCAAUCAUGAGACACAGACCACUCACUGGAAUAUGCCCAGCAAUUUAAGCGAUGGACCAGGAGAUGAUGAAUCAGAUUUACCUGAUGGCUGGGAAGUAGUGAAAUCAAAGCGAUACGGAACUUACUAUGUGAAUCACAAUAAUUUCACUGCACAGUAUCAGCAUCCAGUUCAUGCGAGUGCUCCUCCCCCGUAUCACUAUCACCUGUCAGUCCAGCAGGGAGAGGACGAAGAGAGGGACAGGAACAAGUUACACAUUCCAGUUAGGUCUCACUCCCAUCGAAGUUCACAGGCUCAUCGUAUCAUGGACCCCAAUUCUUCUCUUCCCCGCCGCUCAAAGUCCUUUCGUGACGCUCUUUCGGAGAGCACCCAGUUAGACUCUAUAGUUAGCUCUGAUGAAGUUCUACACACGAGACAGUUAUCAACCAUGACUUAUGUGCCACCUUCACCUUUUCAAAUAGCAGAGAUUCCACUCUGGCUCAAAGAUUAUGUUGAUGCUCCUUUUGGUAGUGAAGUGGACAAACAGCUUCAGUGGUACAAGUAUCAAGAAGAAGAAUUGAGCGGAUUGGACACCAUGAUUAAACGAUUGCUCAAGAAAAGCUCAGAGCAGCUCGUAAAGAAAUUCGAGUACCACAAAGUAGCUCUACAGAAAGAACUGGAGCAAAGACAGAGACUACACCAGAGCAGGUUAAGAGCUAACAAUGAGAGACAUCAACUGACAGAACUGCCUCACUCGUCUCCAGUGCCUUCCACUGCUCCAGUUCCUCACGUAUACGCUAAGACACUCUCUAUGCCUCCCCCUCCUCCUAUUCAAACUCAUUGCGGCUACAUUGACCCUCGCUAUCAUCACAUGCACAAUGGGAUGUACCCUACAAGAGGGCCCCACCCUUCUUAUCCUCCCUCUCGGCACCCUCCUCCAAUGCCUAUUCAUCCCACUGCUCCUGGAGUAUCGUCUGCCUACCAUCACUCCGCCACUUCUCCUUAUUACCUACCGCACCAUGUCUGUCCGCCUCCUUAUCAUUCUAAUCAACCCGGCCCUUCUAUUCUCCCCCCUCCCUCUCUCCCCCUCUCUCCUCCUCCUCCUCCUCUCUCCCGUGGUACCAGUACCACUGUUAGAUCUAAUGACGUGUACGACGGGUCUGAGGAAACUUUCGUUUAGAAAUUUGUAAAUUGUUUCUUGAGAAUUUUAACCUUUUGUUAAUUAUUAUUGUUAUUAAUGUUGCUUGUUGUUGUGGUUAUUUUUUUGUGUUACUGCUUCUUUGAGUUUUUUGAUGCCUCAAUAAUGUUAAUAUAAAUCUCCACAAUCCUCAUCCAUUAUUAUUAUUAUUAUUAUUAAUUAUCACUGUUAAUUAUUAUUAAUGUCAUUAUUGUGUAGUUGGCGAUUAUUUCAAUUGAUAAUUUUUGAAUUAUUGUUUUUCACAAUUAUUAUUACUAAUAUCAUUAAAGCAAA